UAAUAUAUCAGAAUACGUUGCAAAGUACUAUUUACAUAUCCAAUACGUUGACUGCUGUUAUAUUUGUGAUCAUGGCUUUCUAUCAUCAAAAGAGAUUUAAGAUGAGCAUGAAGAAACUUAUUGCUAUAGAAGAUACUUUGAAAGAAUUAGGCAUUUCUACAAUGUAUCACAAGAUGCAUACAUGUUCGAAAUUAAUAGUAAUUGGAUGGAUAAUGCAUAGUAUCGUUCUAAAUUUUUGCGAUAUGAUAUGGUGGAAAAUUUUCAAUGGAACCAUUUCUUGGGGAUUAUUAGUAUCUUUUAUACGAAAUCACGGUAUUCAUAUAAACAUGUUGGCAGAUUUAUUAUUUACCUUCCUUUUAUGGUUUGUACAAUAUUAUUACGUAUACAUAUGUAUUUAUAUGUGUAAUGUAUAUGACUGUGUAAAUUAA